CUUCCCCAUUCGUGCGCACACCGCCCGACGGCGCCCGCCGCCCCGCCCUCUCCAAAUCUCCGACCCCAAUCCGAUAAGCCAAAGCCAAACCCCACCAUGGCGUGCAUGCCGGCCGUUUCCGCCCCCUCCGCGCUCGCGCCGGCUCCGACCGGCACCCGUCUCGGCUACUCAACGUGGACGCGGCGCGGCGCGCUCGCCCUCCGCCCCGCCCGCGCUCUCCCCGCUCUGAGGCUCGGCCUCGGCGGCCACCGCAGCUCCCGCAGCGCCGUCGUCGUCCGCGCCGCCGCCGCAGAGGGGGCCGUGGAGCUGCAGGCCAAGGUGACCAACAAGUGCUUCUUCGACGUGGAGGUCGGCGGGGAGCCCCUGGGCCGCAUCGUCAUCGGGCUCUUCGGGGAGGUCGUCCCCAUGACAGUGGAAAACUUCCGCGCCCUCUGCACUGGUGAGAAAGGGUACGGCUACAAGGGCUGCUCCUUCCACCGGAUCAUCAAGGACUUCAUGAUCCAGGGUGGGGACUUCCAGGAAAACAAUGGUACUGGUGGGAGAAGUAUUUAUGGUGAAAGCUUUGACGAUGAAAACUUUACAUUGAAGCAUGUUGGCCCUGGUGUACUAAGCAUGGCAAAUGCUGGCCCUGACACAAACGGAAGUCAGUUUUUCAUUUGCACCGUGAAGACACCGUGGUUGGACAACCGUCACGUCGUGUUUGGACAUGUCUUGGAGGGAAUGGACGUGGUGAAGCAGCUUGAAUCUCAAGAAACCAGUAGAUCUGAUAGUCCCAAGCAGCCCUGCCGAAUCGUGAAUUGUGGCGAGUUGCACUUGGACGGCUGAGCAAGGUCAAUAGCUCAGUUUUUUUUUUUUUGUUUAAAUCAACACAUCCUCCUUUUCUUCUGCGGAAACUUGAGCCUUCUGGUAGGGGGCUACUUGAUUUCCGUUCAGGUAGUCAACUUUAGGAAACUCUUGAGGUCUUUGUUUUUGCGAGCGAUGUUGUUUCGUGCGAAACAUAGAAAAGUGUAAAGACGAAAUGAUAUGUUGCUGCGUUCUUAUUUUAGCGAAAUCCUAUUGAUGAGUUACUAUUGUUGUCCA